AGUGCUUAAAAACUAUAUAAAAAACAUUUUUAGAAAAUAAAUGUGUGAGAUUUUUUUAAAGAAGGGGCGUGUCCGGUCUGUGGUCACGUGAGUGUGUGACGUCAUCGUUUUGGGACGGACGUGGAGUUUCGCCUGCUGAGACUUAAAACCGUCUCUAAAGUCUCAAGAUAUUGAAAAAAUCAACAAGCGUCCAUAUCCAAAUAGAAAUGGAAAUUUCAUUUCCACGUCCUCUCAGAAGCGGAGUUCUCUGAAGUUCCCGAUCGCCCCUGAGUGCCUUUUCGUUUCAACUCAACCUAUUUGUGAAACAUAGAAUAACGGGCUCUUCCAACUGUGCCGCAUAUAUUCUGAAAUAUACACAUAACCUGGACAGACAUGGACAUUCUGUACUACCAGACGACCAAGCUAUUGCUGGAGGUGCAGCAGGGCUUCGAGCGCAUUGAGAAGGUCUACGGACCGGAUGCCGACGCCCUCGAGCGAGAGUUGCAGGCCAGAAUUGACCAAGCAACAAGUAACUGCGAGAGAAUGGAGUCGUUGGUGUUCAGAGAGCCCGUCUCUCGAAGGCAGUCGGUCAAAUUCAAAGUUGAUCAAGCAAAGUACGACCUCCAGCACCAUCAAGCGGCCUUGCGGAUGUACCAACACAAAAAGCUUCAGAAAAUCCAGGAAGAGCAGGAGAGGGAAGAGUUACUGACGAGGAGAUUUACCACUUUGGCCAGCACUGAGGAUACCAGUAUCAAUAUAGAUAUGUCCUUGCAGCACCACUCUGCUCUUCAGGGCGCCCACCGGGGUGUAGAUGACCUUCUGAGCUCUGGUUCUUCCAUCCUUGAAUCGAUGCGUGAUCAGCGGGGAGUUCUGAAAGGAGCUCGAAAACGGCUGCUGGACAUUGCGAGUACACUCGGCUUGUCUAACACGACCAUGCGGCUGAUCGAGAAGCGUGCUGCCCAGGACAAAGUGCUUCUCAUUGCUGGCAUGGUAGUCACCCUGCUUAUUGUGGUGCUCACCGUCAAGUUCAUUCUGUGAUGCUCCCUAUUAUUAUAGACUGCCAUUAAAAGACAACAUUGAUUCGUUCCACUCCCAGCUUGUUGUUGUUGAGAUUUAAAAAAAAAAAUGGAAAAGAUGAUAUUCAGUUGGAUUGAAAACUGGUCUUGUUGAAUCAUCUUCUGUUUCACGAGCAGAAUAAAUUAAAUCCAAACCUGAGAAUGAAUUAUUCCUUCUGACCCACGUGGCUGCAGACCAUUAUCAAUGUAUUUAUUGUUAAAUAAAGAACAGAGAUGUUCAA